AUGAAUGGGGCUGUGGAAGCCGCCAACAAAAACAUCAAGAAAAUCCUCCGAAAGAUGAUUGAUAACUAUAAAGACUGGCAUGAACAGUUGCCUUAUGCAUUGCUGGGAUACCGCACUACUGCCAGGACUUCGACUGGAGCCACCCUAUACCUGUUGGUGUAUGGCACUGAAGCAGUGAUACCAGCCGAAGUAGAAAUCCCUUCACUUCGAAUAAUACAAGAAGCUGAGUUGGAUGAUGCGGAAUGGAUCCGCAAAAGGUAUGAGCAACUGGCUCUGAUAGAUGAAAAGAGGAUGAUUGCUAUUUUCCAUGCCCAAUUGUACCAACAAAGAAUGGCGCGAGCUUUCAACAAACGUUUAAGAACUAGGGUGUUUCAAAUAGGGCAGUUGGUGCUCAAACGAAUGCUCAAACAAAUAUUCCCUAAUCAAGAAGAAUACAAAAGGAAGUUCACACCAAACUGA